AUGUUUCAAUCGACGCUGCGGUCUUUUUCGAGGCCUGUUGACAGCCAUGUUCUCUAUUCGUUAGGGUCGAAAAGGCCAUGUCGAUUCAGUCGAUACUACUAUGCAGCCGAUAUAACAAAACAACCCUUUUCAUCUUCCGUCGCACAAUCCCAGAAUGAAGCCACGACGCAUUCAGAGCCGCCUUCGACUGGUACUCCAGCAGCCAGCGAGGGAAAUAGCCCGGCAUCCGUGACAAAUCGCGAGUCCGACAAUGCUUCUGUGGACGAGCAACUCGAUAUCGUGUCCAGGGUCAAAUCGAGGAAGAAGAAGAGAAAGAACAAACGAGACGAUCCAGGUAGCAGCCCUCUACUCUUGAAAUUGCAAGAAAGAUUCAACGAGAAGGAGGAGCAACCCAAAAAGAUCAUAGGGAGAAUGGCAGCGGAAAAGAGAUUGAAAGCGCGAGAGGAGAAAGCCAAAAGGUUAUCCAGAGCGAGAUCGGAAAUGGCAGAGAGAUCCCGGAAGAAAAAGGAUCUUGCACAACUUCCCAAGUCUCAACAAAUAUGGGGCCUGAAGGAUCAUGUUUUUGAGAACCAUAAAGGGUCUAUCGAGUCAAUGGGCCAAGAUAUUACUGCACUUGAUGUCGAAACAGCACCUGUUCCCAACUUGUCUUUUGGAUUGGAUAGAGUUAUCUUCAAUCCCGGCGUUUAUCACCUUCGUGACCCGCGUACACGGAUUUAUAAUUUCGAUCCCUAUUUGGACAACAUUAUGCCCGUAUCGGAAUUUGACUUUGAGGCUCUGAAGGAAUAUAUCACAUCUUCCAAAGACGAGUCUCUUAUACAGCUUGCGCGCGAUUACAAUAAGAAAUACGUUGGUUCCUCGUCCAGCAUGACGGGAGUUCUUUCUCACUUCCACUAUCUCCUAUCCCAAUGGCGACCGAUCAACCGCGACAUGGUGUCGGCAGGAUUUCCUGAUAAGCUGCUCACUUUCACACGGCUUUUGAGAAGCCCUGCUGCGAUGUUUCUUCAUUAUAAGGAUGGUGUUUAUGCCAUUGAUGCGGAUAAAGAGUUUGACACCGCCAACGUUUUGAUGAAUCUUGGUAAAUCCAUGGAAAAACUGUUGACUCUACCCAAGGAGGAAUUCGAGCGGUACCGCAAGUCCAGCGAGAACAAAAUCUCAGCGGAAGAAGAGCGAGCUAUCCCAGAGGCAUACCACUUUUCCACAAUCGGCGAUUUCAUCAUGAGAUCUCAGCUCGACGGCUACGACCCCAGACUGCCCGGAACCGGCAUGUUUGACUUGAAGACGCGUGCUGUGGUAUCGAUUCGAAUGGACGUGAAAAACUUCCGCAAGGGCAUGGGAUACGAGAUCAAAAACCGGUUCGGCAUGUGGGAAUCGUUUGAACGGGAGUACUACGACAUGAUCCGCGCCGCGUUCCUCAAAUACUCUCUGCAAGUGCGAGUUGGCCGCAUGGACGGUAUCUUUGUGGCUUUCCAUAACAUUGAGCGCAUCUUUGGCUUUCAAUAUAUCUCGCUAGCAGAAAUGGACCAGGCACUGCACGGGCAGGAAGACCAGACCCUAGGCGACAGGGAGUUUCAGUUGAGUCUCAAACUGUGGAAUAUUAUCCUCGACAAGGCUACGGCCAAAUUUCCUGGAAAGUCGCUACGUCUACACUUUGAAACGCGUGAGGGGAAAGUGCCGCACAUGAGGAUCUUCGCGGAGCCAGUCACGGACGCACAAAUCAAGGCGAUUCAGGAGAAGAACAAGGAUAUGAUCGAAAAGUUGCAGCGUGAACUCCUCCAUCCAGAGCUUGUUGGAAAGGGGGAGGACGAGGAAGCCGCGCGGGUCGCAGAGCAAGAAGAACAGACUAGAUUUGAAGCCGAAAUCGAGGCUGCUGAUGCGGCUGAGGCUAUUGCUGAAAGAGAUGAGGAAGUUGUUAUGUCUACAGAGAGUGGCACUGUAUCUGAAGACGCCGAAUCCACAACGAGUGCAGAAGACGUAUCCGAGACCGCAACCGCAUCUCUCGACGACGACAGGUCCACCACCCAGAUCGCAAACGAAGAAGACCCAAACCUGCCGCCACUAAUGGGCAUGACCCUCACCAUCACCAACCGCGUCAACGGCAGAACCGUCGCACGCCCCAACUUCCUAAAACCCACCGAUACAUGGGAAAUGCAAUAUGACAUCAGCGAACUGAAAAACAACAGAUACCUGCACGGCUCGUACGCGUCUCUGAAAAAACGCCGCGCCACUUCGCUUACUUUCGGUGGCGAAGACGAGACUUUUUACAUCAGGGGGCUGAGGAAGAUGGCCGAGGCUGGGCGCGUUCACCGUGCUGAGCAGGACCAGUUAGACAAGGAGAAGGGUAUUGCUGUUUAUGAGCCUAUUAAUUCAGUUUCGCAAAACUCCAAAUGA